CCCGCCCUCAAUCACGGCUGCGGUCAUGGCUCCCGCGCUCCUGCUUCUCUUCGCGUUCGCGCUGCUCGGAGGCCUCGCCCGGGGCCAGGAUUUCGACCUCUCGGACGCGCUCGAUGAACCGAAGAAGCCGACGGCCCCGCCCAAGAAGCCACCACAGUCGGGCGGAGACCUGGACCUGAGCCAUGGCCUGGGCGACGGAGACGGCCCCUCCCCCCCACCGCCGAGGCCGAAGCCCAAACCGGAUCGCGAGUCCCGGCCGUCCGGAGGCGACUUCUCCAUCAAGGACCUGGAAGACGCGGCCGGGGGCAAAGGUGGAGGCAAAGGACCCCGGGCCGAGGAGCCUGAGGCGGACGACCCCGCCCCCCAGGGCCUGGUCCCAGGCCUCAUCGCAGCCGCGGUGGCCGCCGUCGCCGGCGCCGUCUCCAGCUUCAUCGCCUACCAGAAGAAGAAGCUGUGCUUCCGGGAGAGCGGCUCCGCCCCCAUCUAGGGGCCCGCGAUGACAUCAUGUCCCCGCCCUCCACCCACCGAACUCCUACACAGCCGCCGGGGCCCUCGCCGCUGCUGCUGCCGUAGCCCAGGCUGGACCGGAACCUCGGCGCCGCCGGGCGAAAAGAAACACGGAGGACGUAGACCAGGCUAGCCCCGCGCCACCGGCUGGAACCCCAGCCCAGACUGGGACGAGCUCGCUUCCUUCCUGCUGUGUAGCCCAGGCUGCCUCCCCCUUCCCCUCCCCGUCACCUCUGCCUUACACAGAGGGUGUAGCCCAGGCUACCCUCAGCCAAAGCCUCCUCGGCCAAUCGCCGAGGCGUUUACAGGGCUCAUUUGCAUAUGCAAAUGACCACCUUGCCCCCCUGAGUCCUCUCGGCCCUGGGGAAACUUGAGAGGGAAAAAAAUUAUAUAUUUUUUAUUUCUGACUUUUAUUUUGGUGGGGGGUUGGGGGAGGGAAAAACUCGCGGUUUUGUUUAUUUUUUUAUUUUUUUAGAAAAAAACUUUUAUCCAAAAAUUUUGGUGGAUUACAAGUCGCUUUCACCCCCCCAAAAAAAUAAGAAAAAUAAAUAAAAUGAAUUUUUUAAGUUUUUAAUUAAUUUGAAAAUUUCUAUUUUUCAUUUUUUUUUCUCAAGUUUUUUUUUUUUUGCGUCGUUAGCCCAGGUUGGACCUCGGGCCCCUCUAACGUCACCAGCGCCAUGCCAAGUGCCUUGACCCCAGUGUGACCCCUGCGUGACCCCAGUGUGACCCCCAGUGAUGCUGACUUCCGUAAUAAACGCUGCUGCUUUGACUCCCGAACCCUCGGUGUCCGCCUGUCAAUCAAUCACGGGGCAUGGGUGGGGUGGGCGGGGCCGGGUGACGUCACAGGUGCAGUGGCAGUCAUACCCCUGCCGCAGCUCCGAGCUGAAAAAAAAUUUAAAUUACAAGAUGGUCAUCCCCCUGCCACAGAAAAAAGAUAAAAUUUAAGUUUCAAAACGGUCAUCCCCCUGCCGCAGCUUGAGGUGAAAAAAAACUUAAAUUUCAAAACGAGCAUCCUCCUGCAGCAGCUCCGACCGGGAAAAAUAUAAAUUAUAAAUUUCAAGACAGUCAUCCCCCUGCCGCAGUGCCGCAGCUCCAAAAGAAACAAGUUUAAAUUUCAAAGCGGGCAUCCCCCUGUCGCAGCACCUAGGUUAAAAAAAAUUUCAAAUUUCAAAACGGUCACCCCCCUGCAGCAGCUCUGAGCUGAGAAAAAAGUUAAAUUUUAACUUUCAAAUCUGGCAUCCCCCUGCUGCAGCCCCGAGCUGGAAAAAUGAAAUAAAAUUGUAAAUGUCAAAACGGUCAUCCCUCUGCCGCAGCUCCGGACCCGGGUUCGAACCCUGGCUGACGUCACGGCCGCCGCGGGGCGUCCCGGGAGGAGCCUCCGCCCUGUGGCCGCGGCGGGA